AAGGUACAUCACGAGUGACAGUGUGGGACACAGGGGAAAAAGGAAAGAAAGCACAAAGAAGCGUUUAUUUUGGGUUUGGGCCUCCCAGAAACUUCGUGUUUGGUUGGUUACCUGGAAUAUUUUGCUUGUACCCGGAAACUCCCAAGUAUGUCUUGAUUAGAAUCCACCAUGCAGCGAUUGAGGAGCUCAGGGAGCUCAAUAUGGGGCAAUCUAGUUUCAACGCCCCGGUUGAAAAGGAAGGCUUCGAAUACAUGGGCUGCUGUGCAAGACGCCUUUUUUUCAACAAAGGAUACAUUUGAGAGGAACAAGGUGGUAUUUACUGUUGGAACUUCCCUAGCAUCAGUUGCUACAGCAUGGAUUGGAUAUUCUUUACGUUACUAUCAUGAAACAAGAAUUGAUCAAAGGCUUGAAACAAUCGAAAAAGCUAUGAGAAACAGUAAUAAUCUCGAACAUUCAGAACUUAGAGAGAUUGCUGGCUCGGGAAGUAUCAGUGCUCCUACUUAUUUUGCCACUGCUGGAACCACUUUAAUUAUUGGGUAUGGCUUGGGCUGGAGAGGUGGAAAGUGGUAUGCAAAUAGGAAUUUCAGAAAGGAGCAGAUGAAGUUGCUAGGACAGAAAAAUCCUAGAGGUUGGCAGAUAAAUCCUAGAGGUUGGCAAUUGCUUGGGCCGAUAAAACCUAGAGGGUGGAAAUUCCAAUUCCUUAGAAGACGAAUAACAAGAUCCAAAGUGCCAGAAAAUGCUGCCAGAACUACUGAAAAGAUGCUUAAGGAUGCUCCUAACCCUUAAUUUUGGAGUAACUAUCAUUUGUAGUUGUUUUCAAUAUAAAAGGAGUGACUUUAGUUUUUUCUGGUGACUCCCAUCAGGAAAAAGAUUUUACUGAUAUGCUUUGAUACCCAUUAAAGGUUAUUUUUUGUACUGGAAUAUAUUUGUGGGAAUAUAAUUUAUUAGUUUCUUCGACUU